UGCUGUCAUUUUCACUAGAUGCUUAUUUGAAUGUUUUGUUGUUAGUCAUUUGCUAGCUUUACUAAUUUGAACAGGUGAGUAAAAUCCACAUGUUGUUCCAGUAAAAUUAGAAGUCUGUAAUCGUCACGCGACGACAAAAUGUGAAAAGUUCAGUAAAACUGAGCUGCUCUGCUCGUCUUUCGGUAAACGACGACUGGAGCGAGGGCUGCGCAACUGAACGACGUCAAGCGCGCAAAUCGCAGUUCCCAGCUUUACCGUGCAGUAAAGCCAUCAGUGACAAUCUGUACGUUUUAAAUGUACGAGAAAGUCUGUUUUAGAAGUGUGACGAACGGACUCAUGAUGUUUGUACAGUAAAGCUGGGAAGUUAUCAGUGAACUCCAGAGUUUUCUUGAUGGACAGAAAGUUGUUAGCUGCUUGGAGUUUUGUUUUUUAUUUUCCCCCUGAUGUUCCCUUCAGAUGUGGUUCUUUGGUGGACGCUUUGUAAGGACAUGCUUAUGACGGGGGAUCCAUCUGGGAAUUCACUGGGUCAUUUCUUUAGCCUUAUGUUUUUUUGUUUAAUCUAACUGGCAUAACUUACAUGUCUUCAUAACUGCAUCGGACGGCAACAUAGCAAGAAAUCAGAGAAAGCUGCUCCCCAGUUGGCGGUCUAAUGGUCAGACAGGCCAAGCCUCAUGCAAAGGGCAGCUAAACACUUUUAUAUUCUUGUGAACGCGCGUGAUCAUAUUUCACAGAUGGCGGAAUCAUAAAAUGAUCCACGGUCAUCUGUAAAACGAUGAGUCAGCCGCGACAACAAAGCACGGUCCUGAGAUAAUCACUGUUACCUGCAUGGCAGUUUUGUGUUUUUUCUUUUGUUUUUUUUGUUUUGUUUUUUUAAGUGUAUAAUUUUAUUAAGAUUAUGUGGUUUUCAUUUCAGAGCGGAACAUCUCAGCAAUUUUGUUUUACCUUAAACUACACGUCGCAUUUCGCCGCACGUGUGGAUAUGAAAUCGAACUGGACGUCGGUCGCUGAGCUUCUCACUUGUGUGACCGAGUUCUCUGGAUUUCUCUGCUAUCCCUUUUUUUCCAACCACUUCUAGAGAAAAAAAAUCAGACAGCUGAGAUGCUUUAGACGUGCACGAGUGUUGAGUUGUUAUACAGAGCAAAAGAGAGAAAAGAAAAAGGCCCUUCUCUGAAUUCUCACCGCUGUUGUUUGAGAAAAUCUCAUUUUCUGCUGUUUUCUAUAAUCUUAGAGAGACGCUUCAUUUAAUUUAUUUGUUUCGGAUCAGCAAUGUCACGAAGAGUUAAAAGGCUUUUAUUCAUCCACGUGUUUCACUGUGUCGCACUUUAUGUUUCAGUUGCAAUCAUUUCAGUCUGUUGUGACGACACCAACAUGGCUGGAUUUGUGAGUUGUUUUUUUUUUUUUUUUUUUUGAGACGGGGGCCAAGAGACGGAGACGGCGGCGACGUCCCGGAUUUUUUUUAACCUAAAGGACGAAAUGAUUUUUGCAUCUGUUCCUUGUAAUGAAUUUUACAUUUUAGCUGGUAUUUACUACUAUUCCGUCGAGGCGGAUUGUGAAUUUGACUUUCUUUCCAGUACCCUGUGGCUCUGCUGCUGUGUGGAACGCUCACAUUUUAGAAAGAUGCUAUAAAGUGACCUUUUUAGUACCUUUGAACUGAGCUGGACGCAUUGAAUUUUAAUGUUAAAUUUCAAUUUCUAGAAGCAAAUAAUUUCUAUUUUUUUAUAUGUGCACAAAAAAAGGCAGUGGCAUGUACUGUAACAUAAAGGUAAAAAAAUAAAAUCUUAAAAAGUUCAAUUGAUUGUUGAUUCUGUGAUAUAAACAAUAAACAGAUGUUAAGACUGGAUGAUUUUUUUUUUUUAGAUAAAUGCCAAUGUUAGCUUGACAAACUUAUUUUGGAAUCCCAUAUUUUUACAAAAUUUAAACUGGCCUGUAAAAUGCCACAUUUUAUUUUAAAAAGUAUUCAUUUUUGGAAGUUAUUAAUUUGCCACAAGAAAAAAGAUGCACUUACUGAAAAACCCCCAAAAUCUGUUCAACAUUAAAGUCAUAAUGGACAACCUACAAGCACGAACUGUAAAUGGUUGUGUUUAUUUUUUGAAGAUAAAAGUAUUGUAAUGUAUUGGACAUUUUUCAGGAUUUUUAUAGGUGACAAAAUAUUGAAACUUCUACUAAAUGAAACUUCCGGUGUAGCAUCACAUUCAAAGUUUUCUGGUUUUACAUAAACGCCAGGGUUUAGAGGGCCUAAAAAUAUAUUGAUUACCAAUAAAUAGUCAAGAAUUAAGAAACUUGGACUUAAAACACAUGUGCACACAUUUUAUAAGUCUUUAGCAAAAUAUAAAAAAGAAAAGUAGUCCAAGAAUGUUGCCCUGAGGGAUCUCCAAAGAUCUGAACUGAUCCCAACAACUUCAAUUGUUCUGUAGGAAGCCCUAAUCAGAAAAAGGAAUAUCUAAAUUGUCUACCUUGCUCCAGAUUACAUCUUGUCUCUAAUAUUCAAAAACUACUGAAAAAAGUUUUUAGAGAAAAGAGAAGCUUUUAACUGCUGCUACAGCUGCGUCACAGGGAUAURCCAGCAUUGCGAUGCUUCCCAUCAGUCUUUCGUCAUCAAGUAAAACAUACUGCGAUUUUCCGUGUUUAAUAACAGCCUGGCUCUUAACGUGCAAAUCAUUUCUGCUGCAGCUCCAGGAAACAGGAUGUGGAGUUAUUUCUCUUGAAUCCAAUUACCUUGGAGCCAAAGCGCAGUCCCAACAGUUAGUCCAAGCACAGAUUAGGAGCAUAUGCGGCUAACGCCAGAGUUCCCCUGCCAAGCCAGACCAAAUGUUUGCCUCCCGUUCUCCGUUUUUCAGAAGCACAACGGGAUCUGUGUUGUCAUGGCGAUCAAAUCGUGGAGUAAGCGUCUGUAGCCCCUUAAGGAGCUCUGGACAGAUUAGCAGGGUGUCGAGAAGAGUUUCUCCUUCUGCUCUGCUGUAAAAAAAACCCCCCAAGAAAACAGGGUUAGCACAUUUAAUAUGGAUUCAUUAAAUAUUAUGUGAUUAGUUAUACUAAACCUAAACAGCAACUUUAUAUCGCAUCAUAUGUUGGGUAUGAAAGCAGGCUUGUAUACGUAAAUGCUUCACUUUCCCCUUGUAUUAUUUUUAACUCAUUCAUCUCACUUCCUACUCAGCACAGCCAUGUAGGAACCGUUUCAACUCAUAGACUAAGUUCCCUUUUCGCAUCACAUCAAAUUAAAGGGUUUGUCCACAUUUUGGAGAGUGGGUUCUGUUAUGAGGUCAAAACCAUAUCUUAUCUCCAAAAGCACCAAUCAGUGCUCAAUAAAUGGCGAGAUGCAGUGGUGUGCGGAGUGCCUAGAGUCUUACAUUGUGUUAUUCCAACUUGUUUUCUUGUACAUUGUGAGAUAAUUAUUUCCUGUUCCCUCUUCCACCUGUUUAUGACUGUUUUGUCACUUUUGUUCUCGCCACACCCCUCGUCUUCAGUCAUGCUCCAUUUAGUUAUUUUCUUCUGUGUUUCACUUCCCCUGUAUUUCAUUUCACUCAUGGUUUUACCAGCUUGCUGCUUUUCCUACAGCUGCAGCAUAACGUCAUCCAGUAAUCACCACCCCAUUCUUUUUGGAGGCCAUUUCUUUUCCCAUUCCUUGUCGGUUCCUCCUGUUAUGCAGCUCAACGCUUUUCCAGUUGCUGUUGUUGUUGGUUCUGUUUUCUCUGUUGGGCUUAUUCUCCACUUGUUGGAUUUUCAUUUAAAGGUUCACCGCUCCUUUCCUCCAUUUUAGACCCUCAUCACAACCUGCUGUCAUGACAGGUCUGGAUUUCUUUGAGACCUUUAUUUGACCAGAAAGCUAAAUAUGCCACUUGUGUGUUUCUGAUUCUUAUCCUCUUUCUCAAGAAUCUCCUUCAUUUACUAAGUGGCAGAGGUGAAUUCGAUUCAAAAGUCAUUUCUUGGAAAAGGUGACAUGGCUAAAGUUUGGAUUGCUCCCAGUUUUUCCACUGUAGCCUAUAUACCGAUGAGGUCAUGUGGGUUGGAAAUCCAAUUUAAGAUGGCUGUGUUAAGUGCAGCAGGAGAUAAAAGAAAGAGGGGGUUGAGUCAGCUUAGUUAAACUAAUGACAAUUCACUGAUAGGCAUAUUUGUGUCAAACCAAGAUGGCAAAUGUAAAAAAAACAAACAUAUUUUUUUAACUAGAGUUCCCUUUAGGCACUGUGGAAAAAAAAAAGAUUUUCUCCAAAAUGUCUGAAUUGAAGAGUUUUUUUCAUUAUUUUUAAAAGUUUCAACCCUGUGUUUGACUCAGUCAGUUUUAGGUCAGAGAGAGAGAGAGAGAGAGAGAGAGAGAGAGAGAGAGAGAGAGAGACUAAAUGGAUUAUCAAGAAGCAGUUCAACAGAAUCCCUUUCAUCCCAUUGCUGGCCAUCAGACAGCCAAGUGCUCCCCUACAGGGAAACACGGGAUUAGUUGCUCAACAUCGUCGGCUUCUUCUCAUUCUAGUUUUUGGAAUUGGACCACAAGAAUCUAGGAAUUUUUCCAGUGCGAGGAUCGAAGAAUGUGAAAGACGGGACUUACGGGGACAUUGUCGAAAGCUACGCGGAGGACAGCCGAGGCUUUGUCUGUGUUCUGAAACUCAUGGAUAAUCUUCGACUUUUGAAGCUUCAUUUAUUUCAAAACUGUGUCACUGACAAGUCAUUAGGGAAGAACGACAAGUUCAGUUUGUUUUCAUUGACUCUUUUUGGCCACUAAUGGACUGCCCAGAGUGACUGCCUCAGAUCAUGCAUAUGAUCAAACUUUUUCCAAUACGUUGCAAAGUUCUGCUGAAUCCUGAUUUCACAGGAAUUCUAAUAAGAUGUUGGAGGAUUCUCGAUGGAGUGCCAAGUUCCCUGUGGCUUUUUUCUCACUUCUUUUAGUUAUUUGCAUGUCAGACUUUUAGGAGUCAACCUUUAGAGCGUGCUUUCACAGGAUGAGAAACUACAAUGCCGUGGGCUGUUAGAUGUAAACUCUGGGUUCUUUAAAGGUUUUUGUUGGCGCCCCACAUGAAUUUCAAAAGGUAAGCAGGGCCUGGGGAUGCUUUAAAUGGUGUUAAUAACAGAGGAACAAGGUAAAGAUUCAAAGGUCAAAGAGAAUGGAUUUGCUGGAGGAGUUGCCCUUGGCAAGACUAAGAGUAAAGCCAACAUCUUGGCUGGGGAUGCACCCAUUAUGUCCAUCUGCAAGGUUGAUGAAAAUGGAGUUGAGUGUUCAGUCUCAGAAGACGACGCUAAUGAAGAGGCUGAAGUCGAUUACACACGAAACUACUGGGAGGAUGAGGACGAUAUCUAUCAAGAGUUUGAGGAACUGGACUUCGACUCCCUACCGGAUCGUUCGGAUACCCACAGCAUUACGACAGAAGACUCCUUCUAUCCCCUAGACGAUUCAGUCAUCUCCCAAAUUAACCGCUCCCUCUACCACCUGGAAACCCCCGAACCGAUCUCCUUCUUUAAGGCCUGCUGCAACAACAAUGCCAUCAUAGUAAAGAUCAUGAUCAGACAAGGAGUGACUGAAGAAGAGGUAAAGGAGACCGACCGAAACAGAAGAUCUGGCCUCAUUGCUGCGUGUUACCAUGGUUAUGUGGACGUGGUCAUGGCCCUCGCUCAGUGUCCCUACCUGGAUGUGAACUGGCAGGACAACGAGGGCAACACUGCCCUUAUUAUUGCGGCUCAAGCAGGUCACGCGUUUAUCUCCAACUACCUGUUGAACUACUUCCCCGGUUUGGAUAUCGAGAGGAGGAACUGUCACGGUUUCACAGCGUUGAUGAAAGCUGCAAUGCAGGGGAGGUUUGAGUGUGUCAGAGCCCUCAUGCUGGCAGGAAGUGAUGUCCAGGCUCGGGACUAUGGACGGAGAAUGACCCCCAGAGAGUGGGCUCUCUUCACCGGUCGACACGAAACGGCGGAUUUGAUGCUUCGGCUGAUAUCAAAGCCUUGCGCCGAGCAGUUCUGCGACUCCUUCCCCCUGGAGUGGCCAUUGUUAGAGGAACUCGUGUGGAAGGCACAAAACCCACAGACAUUCUGUCAGCGCUUGAUGAAACUCAUCUCUUGCUGCCCUUAUAGGCUCUACUUCAACAACAAGGUAAACCCUGCGAACGAUGGUGUCCUUGAACACAUGGUGAGGAUAACCACGGGCAUCUGCAGCCCCUUCAUGGCCACGGCGUGCCACACCGUCUCCCCGGGCAGCCCGCCGUGCGUCGGAAAGCGCCGGCACGCCGUGCAGGAGAUCCUGAGGCGGCAACGGGUGGCGGAGCUCAAACGCCUGGGUCCCGACAGGUUGAACAACUACAAGAAGCUUUUCCAGAACUCGAGGGUCCUCCUCAUCUCCAAAGCGAGGGACCGACGAGCGAGCCUGCAGCCCCAGCUGCUCAGUGACGUGGCGGCAGCGUCCACGGUGGCCAUCAGACGAGCCAGCCUCCUGCCGCUCAACAUGCUGAGGAGAAGCAGCGUGCGGCCAGGCCUCGUGGUGCCAAAGGUCACUCUGUGCAAAGCCCCGCCUCCGAGCUUCGUACCGGAAAAGCCGAGCAGGAACGGCGACGACAACCAGCUCCAGAUCCCCAAAUGGGAUUACAAGAUGAAGAAAAUAGAGAGGAGGCAGGAAGAGGAGAGGCAACGAAUGCUAUCUGCGCUAAGAAGGAGGUGAAGGGUCGAAGGAGGACAUGACUUUGCGGCGCGUCCCAGAUCGAGCUAAAGUGUCUUGUGGCAAAGCGGGCACAAAGCACAGCCUUAGCAAAUCUGAACCUUUAAUGUGAAUUCAACUGCUUGAAUUAAUCUGCUUGUUCAGAUCACUGAUGCUGCUUUGCCUUGUUUCUACUUGAACUUGCACACUUCUCUUGAGAGGUGUAAUUUGUAAUGAGAAAUGGCAGAGGAGGGAGCAGAAGGAAAAAUAAUUAAAUACACAUGUGACUUGGGUUAAAAUGUUAGGGGAAUCAGGUAUUUUUGGAGAUCAAACUACUUCUUUCCCCACAUUUGCGACAAAUUUUUAAAAAAAUUUCUCUACAUCGUGUCAUGCUUGCGUAGACAGACUCGAGUGGCAAACAGCAGUAAAAAAAGAGAAGUGCUAAUAAAAAAAAUAAUUAGGUAGAGUCAUUUUUCACUUAGAUAUGGAGACAAAAGCCCAGAGGAAUUGGCUCACAAAGAAGAAGUAAUCUUACAACCGGCCAGGCAGAUAAAAGAGGGUGAGAGUUUUGAACACAACCUAAUGAAAUAAAGGAAGUUGAGACUGUGGAGCUUACAGCAGGACGACGAAACAAGACAAAAGAUCCUUCUUCACUGCUGCAGAGUACGUUUAAGGACGAGGAGCGUUUUAGAGUUGAGUUGAAGAGCUAGCUCACAGCGGCUUUGUUAGGGCUUUGUGAAGAAGCUGAAAGGCAGAGCCAAAAAUAAACAGCUUAGUUCUUCACUCUAACAUGCUGACUUUUAAAGUUAUCACGGUACAGUUUCCUGUCUGCAGGCUACCGGCUUGGUGUGUUGUGCCAUAUUAAAGCUGUCAUUAGCCGCUUUUGCUUCAAAGGAGCUAAACUGGGGAAAAUGAAGCCAAAAUAGAGGUGUCAGUGAAAAUGAGUAUAGCCUAAUUUCAAAACAUUGUAGAUUGUAUGUUUUAGGGUUACCACUUUAAAUACAGAUAAAAAAAUUUUUUUCUGUUUUUAAUUUUUAUUGAUAGUUAGCAUCUAAGCUAACGUUGCAGUUUAAACCAGACAUGCUAUUCCAGCUAGCUGGGACUAGCAGUAAAGCUCAGCAGUUCACUUUUGUCAAUUUGUUUCCGUUUUGUUACAAAGUACAGCAAAGACCAAAAACGCCUUUAGCUUUCAAAAUGCUGGGGCUAAAACAUUAAUCAGUGAAAAAGAAGCUAUGGUACAAAAAAAAGUGUUUUUCUUUUUCUAGAAGUUCCCAUUUAAUUUGGCAGUUAUUUUUGAUAAUGAAAAUAUAAUGAUUGUUAAACAAAAACAAUCCUGAGCAAAAAAAAAAAAAGACAGUUAGUAUCCAAAUCUAACUGGAUAGUGAUAUCCAGUUAGAUAUCUAGUGAUAUUAAAGUGGAUACUGGUAGCAUUUUUCCCAAAUGCUACUAUCAAACAUUUGGAAAACACAGUUAGCUUCCAAAUUAAUGCAGCUUUUCUUUAAAUAAUGUUAAAGAAAAAUGCUGACUACAUCUAACGUUGAAGCUCGAGUCCUUCAUUCAAAUUGUUUUCCCUUUUGGUACAAGACAUUGCAAGGAUCUAAUACCUUCUGUUAGAUCUUUAUAUUGAAAGGUACAAAUAAAAAGACACACACAAAUUAUUGAAUUCAAUUAUAAAAAAAUACAAUGAUAUUUCUCAUAUGUUGUAUUAAACGUCUAAAAAUAAAAACUUGAUGGCACUUCAAAAUAAAAGCACUGAAUGUAAAUAAAACGAGUAGCGGGAGACCUACUUCACAUGCCAAAAUCAAUUAAUAACCUUCACUUAUGUCACAGUCCCUUGCCUUAUGAUAAACUUAUUAUCCUAGUUGUUGCAUUUUUCUACCUUUUGAGUUUGUCUUCCUUCAGCACAUCAACAAAUAGCAUAUUUGAAUUUUUGAACUAAUAAAAACCAGUGAAAGUGGA